CACGCACGCACGGACGCACAGCCCAGCCAAAACAUCCUGUAGGAAAGCCUGCUUCGCAGUAUCAAACGAUUUUUUUUUUUUUAAGAAGUUCACUGCAACACUCUAACAAGUUUACCAGUAGGGUGCAACUGUUAGUAUUUGUGGCCAUUGGCUGAGCGUAAAAACGGCGCAAAUUACGUAGUAUGAUAAUGAGUAAUUUGAAGUGUCUGACGAUAGUAAUCCUCUUUGGAUUGUGUGUCACACCGUCAGAUGCAAAAUUUGGUCAGAAAUGCUUAACAAAAUAUGACUGUUCAUCAUUUACAUUUAAUUCAGAAGAUUGCACAGAUGGUUUUUGUAAUUGUUCCAGCCUCUCCCGUUUACGCUUUGAAGAAUAUUCCCUCUCUCCUGACUGUAGCUCCAUUUUGUAUUUAAAGACAAGGUACUGUGAAGGUUUAUCGGUAAAAUGUCCACCAAAUAGCAAGUGUUUAGACAAUGAAGGAUGUCGCUGUGAUGAUGGGUAUGAGUUUGUUGGCACAGAUUGUCUAAAAGUAUUGUACCAGAAAGUCAUGGAGCCCUGCCAUAUAAAGAAUGGGUCAGCAUAUGUCUGUGACUUUAACCAACAUAGCUUUUGUGGAGAAAAGAAAUGUGUGUGCUUUGAUUCUUUUCUCCCUAAUAUAACCAGUGGGCAGUGUGAACCUGAAGCUGAUUUCCUGCGUGCCAGUAACCUUACAAAAUACACUGCCCUGCAUGGUGAAUACUGCAAGUCAAAAUCUCAAUGUAUUGAAGGCUUGGAGUGCUUUCAAUAUAAGUGUUCCUGUCCCAGCCCCUGUAAUUACAAGAAGGAAAUGCAGGUAUGUGACUGUGGUGCAUCGGAAUCUUCAACAGGACCUUUACUUGUUGGCCUCCUGGGUGGUUUGUUAAUCAUUGCAUUUUGGAGCUGGAAAAUAAGGAAUACUUGGAGGAGACACACACAAAAGCAGGCGUAUCAGGAUGAUGAGACAGCACCUGUUCAACCAAGUACAACUUCAUAUCCUCUUGCUCCAGUUACAUCCUCUGUACCAGCUGCCUCACUUUUGUCACAGGAAGAACUGGGCACUGGAAUUGAUAAUCGGAAAAUACCAGCAAACCCGACAGAAUCUUAUCCACUUGCACCACCCGCACAACCUUUAGGUUUUCAGAGCCCUGCCAACUCUCAGUACCCAUCAUCACAGGGUUUUCCUUCUAAUGCACACUUACCUGAUGUUUCUGGAGAUCCCUCAGCCUCAUCAAUUCCUCCCAUUCUCCCACCACCAUAUUCAGCCACUACAUAUAAUCCACCAUAUGCACCUUCAUCCUCACCUCCUCCAUAUCCUCCUGCUGACAUGCCUUCACAUCCUCCCCCGUCCAUGCCUCCUCCAUACCCUUCAUCAUCUUCAGCCCCAUAUCCUCUUAAUCCAUAAAUGACACCACAGCUUGUUUCUCAGUUCUUUAAGUGCAGUGAAAAUUAAUUUUUAAGCACAAUGGUAACAUGACACAGGAGCACAUAUCCCUCUAUAUUGGAAGAACUAUGAACUAAGAAUAACAGAGGUGGGUUUUUUCACUUGAAGUGAUUCUCUCAAAAUCAAAUUUUCCAUUGAAUUACAUGAAUACAGAACAGAUUAUAGAAUUUAGGAAUUUUUAGAGUUUGGAUAUAAUGAGUUAAGUGCUUGAGGAAUUACUAUACAAGCCAAAUAGAAAUAGUUGCAAGUUCUAUGAAGAUAACUUCCAAAUGUAUGAAUUUCAGUGAUAGUGACACAUGAGGUUUUUUUUCUCUUUUUCAGAGUUCUUGAUUAAAGCUAUUUUGAUAUUGAUUGUUUUGUUUUUGUUGUGUUAGAUCUUGAGCUUGGGCUGCAUGACACAAGCAUACUUGGUUGUAGACAAGCUACCUCUGGCCCUGUCUUGAUAUAUAUUCAAGUUGAAAUAUGGUAUCAGAUACAAAUAAAGAUAAUGUUUGC